GAUUUUGAUUAGCUCUACGUUGUCGCCAUGACCUGAGGAAAGAAAGACAAAAAUAUAUUAAAAAAAAAUACAAAAUAAAUUUAAAUAUUGUUAUUAACCUGUAAAUAAACAAAACCUCCCUUGUCAAAAAAAAAAAUAGUGAUCUCUCUCUCUCUCUCCCUCGUCCUUCCUCCUGGUUGAAUUUGAGAGGGAACCCAUCAAGACAACAACAUCAACAUUCGUGCAAAUCUGUGUGUGUUCCUUCGAAUGUUUGCCGCCAUUGCAGAGCUCUAGCAGACGACAAAGUCGAGACCUUUUUUUGUUUUGGUCUUGUGUCUUGUCUCUGAUCGGGAGAUGGCGACGACGACGAUGAAGGGCCUUCUGAAAGGCCUACGUUACAUUACUCAGAUUUUCGAUGAGGAGAAAGAGCCGGAGAUGCAGAUUGGGUUACCGACAGAUGUUAAGCACGUCGCCCACAUCGGUUCCGACAGUCCCUCCGUCACUACACCUACCUGGAUGAAUGACUUCAAGCCUCAAGAUCAAGAAGAAACCCAGGAUCCCAAAUUCAACCCAGAAGGUUAUCUAGUUUCCUUUCACAUUUUAACGGCGAUAUCAUGUUAUAUAUGUUUUAUGCCCAACAAUCGAAAUGCAAAAGUUUCAAACUUUUUCAAAAGAAAAAUCUCAAAUAGAAGCAGCGGUUCCGCAGCAGACGAGCCACCGCCACAGCCGAAACCCACAAGACGCCACCGGAGCUCGCACACCUCAAUGGACUCGUCGGACCCAUCGGUCAGGAGGAGGCGUAACGUAUCGGUUCCAGACAUGGAAACGCCAUGUCCUCUAGCGGACGGCUCGGCUCCUCCAAGGAAGCCCGCUUCGCGACCGAGGAAGCUGAAGGGAUCAGUAGGAGGAGGAGAGGUACCUAUGAAGAAUUCUAAUGUUCAAUCAGUUGACGAUACGCCUCGUAGUUCUUCUGAGAUAAACUGAGAUUAAUAAUAAUUUUAAAAACACGAUUUGUCUUGAACA